CAUAUUUAACACGUUUUUCUAUUUUCAUUUCCUUUUACAACCAUAACAACAACAACAGAAGGCAUAUCAACACCGAACCAAGAGUCCAUUAAAUCGAUGCAUCAGGCCCUGUUUGCCAGCAUUGAUGAGGACGAGGGGAUGGCGCAGACUAUUGCGACGCUGCAGGGACUGCGAGUAGAACAAGGCAAGUCGAUGUCGGAGCAUGACAGGCGGGAGUUAGCGGCACGAGUUGCACUCUCGUUUGGAAUGCAGAUGGGCGAGUGACAGCAGGUACGGGUCCUCCUCUGACAAUAAAGAUCACGCACUCAUUC